UACUAAACGAGUGGAGGCAAGCCAAGCCACGAGCAGCUCACGACCAGUUGGGUUCGUUUGCAGCCCUACCCCAAAACGAUUUCCAUCUAUCAAAACGACAUCGUUGACCGGGCAUUCCGGCCGGCAAAGUCUUUUUUUAGUUUACCUUUCAUCUUCAGUCCUCCAUUCUUCAUUAGUCUAAGCUGAGACACCCAAAGACCAAUUCCAUUACCAAAACCUUAUUUAUUUUCUCUUGACAAUCCAUUGAUUUGAGACCCCCUGAAAAACAUCAAAAACCAAAACCAGAACCAAAGAUCCCACUCAAAAUUCCAUAAACCCUUCAACUCCAAACCAAACCCAGAACCAGCCAUGUUGUCAAACACCCAAAUGCCCUCACUAAAGACAGUAGUCUCCACUGCCGCCUCUGCCGCCGCGACCGCGAUGGUAAUCCGCUCCGUGGCCAGAGACCUCAUCCCCCGCGAAUUCCAGAGCUACUUCUUCCUCAAACUCCGCGGACUCCUCAGCGGAUAUUUCUCCAACCAAGUCACCAUGAUCGUGGAGGAGUACGACGGGCUGUACCCCAACCAGCUGUUCCAGUCCGCCGAGCUCUACCUCGCCACCGUGAUCAGGCCCGACACGAGGCGGUUCAGGGUGACGAAGCCCGAGAAGCAGAAGCAGAUCAUGGUGUGGAUGGAGAAGAACGAGGAGGUGAGCGAUGAGUUCUGUGGGGUCCGGUUUAGGUGGAGAUUGAUGAGCCAUCAAGUGCCGGCGAAGCAUGUUGCGAACCCAGAUGAUUCUUUUCCCGGGUCGACUCUCAAAACGGAGGUCCGGUUCUUUGAACUCGUUUUCCAUAAGAAGUUGAAGGACAAGGUAAUCAACGAGUACUUGCCUCACAUAUUGGAGAAGUCAAAGAUCUUAAAAGAAGAGAACAGAACACUGAAGCUCUGGACCCUAAAGAACGACCGGAUGAUGGGGGGUCCGAGAAGGAACCCAUGGAAUUCCGUGAACCUGGACCAUCCGGCGACGUUCGACACUCUGGCAAUGGAAGCGGACGCGAAGAAAACCGUGAUGGAGGAUCUGCAGCGGUUUGUGAAGCGGAAGGACUUUUAUAGACGAGUUGGGAAGGCGUGGAAGCGGGGUUACUUGCUUUUCGGGCCCCCCGGAACCGGGAAAUCAAGCUUGAUCGCGGCCAUGGCGAAUUACUUGAAUUUCGACGUGUACGAUUUGGAGUUGACUGAUAUAAGGGGUAAUUCUCAGCUGAGAGAUUUGCUGAUUUCGACUGCGAAUCGGUCGAUUUUGGUGGUGGAGGACAUCGAUUGCACCAUUGAGUUGCAGGAUCGGAAGGUGGCGGCAUUAAAAGCGGCUAGGCCUAUGGAUCCUUUCGGACAUAGCGUCCAUGGAUCUGCUGGGAUUACCUUAUCAGGGAUGCUUAAUUUCAUCGAUGGAUUGUGGUCAAGCUGCGGGGACGAGCGGAUUAUUAUCUUCACAACCAAUCACAAAGAGAAGCUCGAUGCUGCGUUGUUGCGCCCCGGUCGGAUGGACGUCCAUAUCCACAUGUCCUAUUGCACCCCCUGUGGAUUCAAAAUGCUUGCCAAAAAUUACCUCCGAAUCACAGAGCAUCCGCUCUUUUCAGACAUCGAACUGUUGAUAGGAACGAAAAAAGUGAGUCCCGCAGAAGUAGGCGAGCAGCUGAUGAAGAGCGAGGAGGCCGAGGUCGCGUUAAGAGGUCUAGUCGAGUUUCUCGAGGCGAAGAAGGAGAUUGAAGAAGUUAAAGAUGGGGAAGUAGAGGAAAAGGAAUCUGGAUCAUCCGAAGGUGUAACACAGGUUGAGAAGAAAGGUGGGAAUGAGGAGGUGACUUCGGUGUCCCGGGUCAUUUUGGGGACACCGUAACUUUUAUAAAGAGGAGAGAAGUAAUAUAAUAAAGAAAUUUAUAUUUGGCGCGA